AUGGCUGCCGACGACACUAAGGGCAAGAAGCGCAAGGUCGCAUCAGAGGCGGCGCCAAAGGCGAAGAAGCCCAGAAAGUCGGACGAUGUCGCGCCCGUUGAAGCCAAGCCAACCAGGAAAUCUGCGCGUAAACAAGCUGCCGACUUUAUGGACAUUGAAGAAGAGGCUGCCCCCGUCGCCGUUGCCCAGCCUGUCCAGCCAAAGAAGGGCAAGAAGAGCAAGGCCGCUGCUGAUGUCGAUGUUAAAAUGGCGGAGCCUGUCGCUGAGAUAGUCGAGGUCGCCGAAGUACAAGAGAAGCCCAAGAAGCAAGCAAAGAAGGGCAAGACUGUAGUCGCAGAGGAGACUGUCGUAGCAGAGGCUCCCAAGCCCAAGGCUAAGGCCUCUAAGAAGGGAAAGGCAGCGGAUGCCGCACCUGUCGAGGAUGCUGCUGUUGUAGUCGAGGAGACCACCACUAUCGCAAAGCCAAAGAAGACCAAGGGUGGAAAGAAGCAAGAAGCGACUGAACUCGAGGUAGAGGUUACCGAGGUCACAGCAGUAGAAGACAACGCAGAAGACGCAGCCGAAGACGACCAGACCGCAGCCCUACUCGCUGGCUUCAGUGAUUCCGAUUCGGAUGAUGCUGACGAAGACGAAAACUUUGACGAGGCCGCAAAGGUCCCCAAACUUAGCGCAAAACAGCGGAAAGCGAUCAAGCAGGCAGAGGCUGCACCCAAGUCCAACGAGCCUGGUGUUCUCUACGUUGGUCGCGUGCCUCGCGGUUUCUUCGAACCUCAAAUGAAGCAGUACUUCUCACAGUUUGGCAAAGUCAACCGGUUACGCCUGUCGCGUAACAAAAAGACUGGCGCCUCCAAGCACUUUGCCUUCGUCGAGUUCCAAUCACAAGAAGUCGCCGACAUCGUCGCACGAACCAUGAACAACUACUUGCUGUUCGGCCACAUUCUCAAAGUUCAUCUCAUCCCCAAUGAGCAGGUCCACCCAGAUCUCUUCAAGGGUGCCAACGAGCGAUUCAAGGUCGACCCCCGCAACAAAAAGGCCGGUCUUGAGAUGGAGCGUGGUGUCGGACGAGAGCAAUGGGGAAAGCGCAUCGAAAACGAGAACAAGAGGAGGACAAGCAAGGCUAAGCAACUCAAAGAGACCUUCGACUACGAGUUUGAAGCACCGGCACUUAAGACAGUUGACAGUAUUCCCAAGCACACCAUCAUAACUACUCUCGAGCCCGCGAAGCCCAAGCAGCUUCUUACCGAGGCAGCUACUGAGGAGACUACCACACCAAAGGGCAAAAAAGGCAAGAAGGGUGCGAAGGCUCAAGUAGAGCCUCAGCCCACAGAGGUUGUCGAGGUCACAGAGGCUGUCGAGGCUGUCUCCCCUGCACCCGCAAAGAAGGGUAAGAAGGGUCCAAAAGCGAAGGCUGUUGAACCCGCUCAGGCCGCAACUGAGGAGGUUGCUGAACCCACUGCACCUGUUGCAGACAAGAAGCCUAAGAGGACCAGCAAGCGCAAGUCAGAUGUCGCACUCGAGGCUGCUGCCGUUACGGAGGAGACUGUUCCGGAAGCAACACCUAAGAGCAAGCGGGCCAAGAAGGAGAAGGUCGUUGUUGAGCCUAUUGCUGAGGAAGUUGAGGAGAAGAAGGCCGCUACCAAGCCAAAGAAGGCGGCCAAAAAGGCCAAAGCCUAA